UUUGUUCAGAAUAUUUUUUUCUAAAAAGCCCAAAGUAAAAUGACCGUUUCUAAUGAGCGUGGCCAUAGCCAAAUGGUGUCCUUCGGCAUCUUCAAACCCGAGGAAGGCUGCGACAUAGACGAUGCAGUAGCCCACAUGUCCACUGUCGCCUCUCUGCUCGAAAAGACCCACAAUCUCAACGUCGCCAUUCUCAGAUCUCUAGACUUUUCAUGGGCUGCUGUAUUUGCAGCAUACAAAGAUGGGUCACAAAAUGAGGACAAAUCGACAUUAAAUCUGCCUGAGGCAGCAGCAUUCACCAGGGGACUGAAGUGUGCAGUAAGAAUAGUUGAUUCAGGCUGGUUCCGCUUGACUUCACAACAAACAGUCAAAGGAGCGCCCUUUGCAGAGCUCUUGCUUGGAGAUAUUGUGAGUAUACGCAGAAUAUACUGUAGUUGGAAGAUACAGGACAUUCUCUCUUACUCCUGCCUCGCCAUUCUCAGAUCUUACUUUAACAGCUUCAAAGGAAUGAUCUCGGCUUCCUUUUUUGACUCCUUGGACGGGAAGCAGAUAAUUGGGUUUGAAGUGUGGGACAAAGUAGAAUCCGCGUUGGCUGUGGAGAAAAAUCCACAGAGAAAUCCUGCGCUGGCAUAUUGGAAAGAUGUGGGGGCGAAGGAGGUGAAGUAUCAUGUAUGCCAGGUUGUGUAUGUUACCUACUCAAGGCUCUCUCAAAAUGCAAUAGUUGGCUUUCGAAUAUAGUUUCAACUACUUCGACAGAGUCGGUGCAUUUUUGGUGGUUAGGCCGGAUAGGGGGUUUUGGCAGUGUUGUAAUAUACAAACGGAUUAGUUUCUGAUUUGAAAAAAGAAAUUGAAUGAAACUUAUACAUUCUUUCAUUAAAUUUGGUGGUUUACGACCAUUUUUCAAAGCCACUGGUUUUUUCUAUCAAGCAAGUAGGAUGUGUUUUUUGUAAAGUAAUAUUUAUGUCGAGAGGUAUCUAUAA